CCUGCCCCGGCUGCGCGGGCCCCUACCGGGCCCAUGGGCGGCGCGGCCGAGCGGGCGCGCUGAGCGGGCGCGGGUCCCCGUGCGCCCCGGACACGAGCGACGGCGAGGUCUGGCACCAUGCCUGGUCCCUCCGAACUCUAGGCCACAGCCCCGGCCACCGGAGCAGCCCCUGUUCCCUUCAGGGCCCACCCCCUCCCCACUGCCCACGGCCCCACCAUGGCUGGGGACCGGCUCCCUCGGAAGGUGAUGGAUGCCAAGAAGUUGGCCAGCCUCCUGCGGGGCGGGCCUGGGGGACCCCUGGUCAUCGACAGCCGCUCUUUCGUGGAGUACAACAGCUGGCACGUGCUCAGCUCUGUCAACAUCUGCUGCUCCAAGCUGGUGAAGCGGCGGCUGCAGCAGGGCAAGGUGACCAUCGAGGAGCUCAUCCAGCCAGCCGUGCGCAGCCAGGUGGAGGCCACGGAGCCACAGGACGUGGUGGUCUAUGACCAGAGCACACGGGACGCCAGCGUGCUGGCCGCAGACAGCUUCCUCUCCAUCCUGCUUAGCAAGCUGGACGGCUGCUUCGACAGCGUGGCCAUCCUCACAGGGGGCUUUGCCACCUUCUCCUCCUGCUUCCCCGGCCUCUGUGAGGGCAAGCCUGCUGCCCUGCUGCCCAUGAGCCUCUCCCAGCCCUGCCUGCCAGUGCCCAGUGUGGGCCUGACCCGCAUCCUGCCUCACCUCUACCUGGGCUCUCAGAAAGAUGUCCUGAACAAGGACCUGAUGACCCAGAACGGAAUAAGCUAUGUCCUCAACGCCAGCAACUCCUGCCCCAAGCCGGACUUCAUCUGUGAGAGCCGCUUCAUGCGCAUUCCCAUCAAUGACAACUACUGCGAAAAGCUGCUGCCCUGGCUGGACAAGUGCAUUGAGUUCAUCGAUAGAGCUAAGCUGUCCAGCUGCCAAGUCAUCGUCCACUGUCUGGCCGGCAUCUCCCGCUCUGCCACCAUCGCCAUCGCUUACAUCAUGAAGACCAUGGGCAUGUCCUCCGACGAUGCCUACAGGUUCGUGAAGGACCGGCGCCCGUCCAUCUCGCCCAACUUCAACUUCCUGGGCCAGCUGCUGGAGUAUGAGCGCAGCCUGAAGCUGCUGGCCGCGCUGCAGGGGGACGGGGCGCCCCCCCCGGGCACCCCCGCGCCCCUCCCGGGCCCCGCAGCCCCGCCGCCGCCGCCGCCGCCGCCACCACCACCUACCUCAGAGAGCGCUGCCACCGGGAGCGCGGCGGCCAGCGCAGUCCGGGAGGGCGCGCCCGGCGCCGGCGGGGAGCCCCCCGCGCCCCCCGCGGCCCCGGCCACCAGCGCGCUGCAGCAGGGCCUGCGCGGCCUGCACCUGUCCCCCCUCCAGGACGCCAACCGCCUCAAGCGCUCCUUCUCGCUGGACAUCAAGUCGGCCUACGCCCCGAGCCGGCGGCCCGACGACCCCGGGCCGCCCGACCCUGGGGAGGCCCCCAAGCUCUGCAAGCUGGACAGCCCGUCGGGGGGCACGCUGGGCCUGCCCUCGCCGAGCCCCGACAGCCCGGACGCGGCGCCCGAGUCGCGCCCGCGCCUCCGCCGGCGGCCGCGGCCUCCAGCCGGCUCCCCCGCGCGCUCCCCGGCGCUCGGCCUCGGCCUGAACUUCGGCGAGGCCUCCCGGCAGACUCCGCGGCUCGGCCUGUCGGCCCUGUCGGCGCCCGCGCUGCCCGGCCCCGGCCAGCCGGUCCCCGGGAGCUGGGCGCCGCCGCUCGACUCCCCGGGCACGCCGCCGCCCGACGGGCCCUGGUGCCUCAGCCCGGAGGGCGCGCAGGGCGCGGGCGGGGCGCGGUUCGCGCCCUUCGGCCGGGCGGGCGCGCAGGGCGCGGGGGGCAGCGACCUGCGGCGGCUGGAGGCGGCGCGGGCCGAGGCCCGGGACGCGCGGACCGGCUGGCCGGACGAGCCGGCCGCGGAGACUCCGUUCAAGCGCCGAAGCUGCCAGAUGCAGUUCGAGGAGGGCAUGGUGGAGGGGCGCGCGCGCGGCGAGGAGCUGGCCGCCCUGGGCAAGCAGGCCAGCUUCCCUGGCAGCGUGGAGGUCAUCGAGGUGUCCUGACGGCGGCCGGGACCCGCCCGGCGCGGCGCGGCCCUCACCCCCCUCCCGUCUGAGCUGCCAGCAGCCGGGCCCGCUAUAAAUAUAUAUUAUAUAUAAUGCAAAGAAAGGUAAAUGGUUUUACUGCGAUUUUUAUCGAGAAGUAAAUAUUUCGAUUUUUUAUUUAUUUAAGCUGUUCAUUCUGGCAAUGAUUUGGCAACAGUGCGGGCGGUCCUCGGAGCUCUAUUUUUACUGUCUGGUAUUUAAACUGAAACACACGUUUCUAAGCAAUAUGAGGCCACCUUCAGUCCCCAGCUGGGGUGCCAGGCCUGGGGUCCCCUCCCCACCCUCCCUCCCCCAGGAAACACUGCUGACCCUUGCAAAGAGGCUGCCGAGCUUUUGUGCACUUUUUUACAUAAGAAAAAGGGGAAAAAAAGAAAAAAAAACUUUGCCACAAACUGAGCCUCAGAACCUCCCCACCCUCCUCUCCACGCCUUCUCUUCUGCUCCCGUCUCUGCACCAAAGCCUGGGGGUGUCCCAGGAGCUGGCGAGGGGCCAGGACGCUCUGCGGCUGGAGGCUCCCUCCACCACCUGCCUCCUGUUGCCCCAUCCCCACCCUGUUGCCUGGUUUAGGGCGUUCAGAGGGGCUGUGGAUGGACAGGGUAGGGGCUCAGUGAAGGGGGCUCCUGAGUGUCAGCUGCUGUGGCCCCAGGGCAGGGAUGGACGUAGAGUGGCCCCCACUCCUGCCUGAGCCCAGCUCCAAUUUCAUGGGUUCAGCAAGGCUGCUGCAUGGAGGCUGCUCCCCUCGCCUCCGCUCUGUGGGUGCCCCCAGCACCACCUGCCAGGUGGGGGACGCAGCUGGGGUAUAGGAGCUCGGCCCCUGGGGCAGUCAGGCGGGAGGAGCUGGGCCAGCCGGUGCUGGCUCCACGAGUCAGAGGGCACAUGAAUUUAGCCUUGUUCUGGGCUCUUCCCGCCCCAGGCCCCUGGCCAGGCUUGGGAUUCAGGUAUGUUCCCGCAGGUGGGGGGAGGGGGGUUGUCUCCGUGAGAAGCUGACUGCCUUGCAGUGGGAGGAGGUAGUUAAGCCCCCGUCAGACCCUUGUGCUUCCCGAGAAUGGGGAUAAAGACCCCUGACCUGGGCAGGUGCAGGAAGUAUCCCCCAGUGCUGCUCCCAGCCCCACGGGGUCCCUGGAGAAGAUCGGCUCCCAGAUUCCCCUUUCCUGGGGAGCUCUCGCCUCUGAGGCCUCCCUGGAGUCUCCCAGGUGGUUUGUUGGGUGGGCCAGCCUCUUGGGUUAUAGGGACUCGUGGCUUUUGGAGGCAGGAGUAGAUGUCCCCCAACCCUCAGAUGUCCUAGAGUCUAGGAGUGGGGGCCGGUCACCUUGGGAAGAGGUCAGGGGCUUGGCAGGAGGGAUGGCUGGGGGGACGGAGUCCUCAGGCAGCGGCCUCUGUGGCUGUUUCUUCUGUUUGUUCUUCUGUUGACCUGCAGCUCUGUGCACCUGUCAUCCCCCCUUUAAGCAAAAGUCCUUUCCUGUUCCCUCUGUCCCCACCCCAUUCCCCCAAAAAAUAAGCUAUCAUUGUUGUGUUUGCAAUCUAUGGAUUAGAGGUUUAAGUAUUUAUUAUUAUUGGUUUAUUAUUAUUAUUAUUGAUUAUGUAAAUUUGCCUUCUGUCUGUCUAUCGCGUUGGGUUUCUGAGGUGACCCUGGGUGUGGAGGAUGCACUGGUCCCGCCUCCGUGCCCCCACCCCCGUGCUGUCCAGGAGACAGUGGUCUGGGGCCACUGGUUGGGCCCCAGAACUCUGGAGGCAGGUCCCGCGGCCCCGCCCUUUCCUCCCUCUGCCCUUUCUCAGGGCUGCCAGCAUCUCUUGUGACUUCUGUCUUGAGGUAUGGGGGGGGCUCUUGCCCUCGAGGCACGGGUCACCCCAAAGUGAGCAGCUGCAAUGGGGGGGAGGCCCUGUCUCGGCCACCCCUCUCCUGGGGGAACCGGGCCCUGGCACGAGCCCCUCCCUGGCCACUUCCACGCACUGCCCAAGGUGGGGCGGGGCCGGGCCCCAGCCCUCUCCCAAGUCUCUCGGCCCUCCCACCCCCCUCCCUCCCCGGCCCUGGCAUUGGGGGCUGCCUCACAAUGGACCCCGCCCCCUCCUAAUAUUUGCUGGAAAGUCCAGCGGCGGAGAGGUGGCGGGUCCCCCGCAUGGCUCCUGGUCUCUCUGGACUGGGCGGCCCGCCCCUGCCUCAGAGCCCGUCCCCCAGCGCGGCCACACUCUGCUCCCCCACCUGUCCCUUCUUUUGUAUUUGGAAACAACGUGUUGUAAUAAAUCCUGAGAUGGAUGUUUUCUCCAUG